GUAGGAUGAAACGAGGUGGAAGAGAUAGUGACCAUAAUCCAUCAGAAGAAGAUACUGCUGAGAAAUCCAAGAAACUGAGGACUACAAAUGAGCAUUCUCAGACUUGUGAUUGGGGUAAUCUCCUUCAGGACAUUAUUCUCCAAGUAUUUAAGUAUUUGCCUCUUCUUGACCGGGCUCAUGCUUCACAAGUUUGCCGCAACUGGAACCAAGUAUUUCACAUGCCUGACUUGUGGAGAUGUUUUGAAUUUGAAUUGAAUCAGCCAGCUACAUCUUAUUUGAAAGCUACACAUCCAGAGCUGAUCAAACAGAUUAUUAAAAGACAUUCAAACCAUCUACAGUAUGUCAGCUUCAAGGUGGACAGCAGCAAAGAAUCAGCUGAAGCAGCUUGUGAUAUUUUAUCACAACUUGUGAAUUGCUCUUUAAAAACACUUGGACUUAUUUCAACUGCUCGACCAAGCUUUAUGGAUUUACCAAAGUCUCACUUUAUCUCUGCACUGACAGUUGUGUUUGUAAACUCCAAAUCCCUGUCCUCGCUUAAGAUAGAUGAUACUCCAGUAGAUGACCCAUCCCUCAAAGUACUAGUGGCCAACAAUAGUGAUACACUCAAGUUGCUGAAAAUGAGCAGCUGUCCUCACGUCUCUCCAGCAGGUAUCCUUUGUGUGGCUGAUCAGUGUCAUGGCUUACGAGAAUUAGCCCUGAACUACCACUUACUAAGUGAUGAGUUGCUACUUGCUUUGUCUUCUGAAAAACAUGUUCGAUUAGAACAUUUGCGCAUUGAUGUGGUCAGUGAAAAUCCUGGACAGACACACUUCCAUACUAUUCAGAAGAGCAGCUGGGAUGCUUUCAUCAGACAUUCACCCAAAGUCAACUUAGUGAUGUAUUUUUUUUUAUAUGAAGAGGAAUUUGACCCAUUCUUUCGUUAUGAAAUACCUGCCACCCAUCUUUACUUUGGAAGAUCAGUAAGCAAAGAUGUGCUUGGCCGUGUGGGAAUGACAUGCCCUAGACUAGUUGAACUAGUAGUGUGUGCUAAUGGAUUACGGCCACUUGAUGAAGAGUUAAUUCGCAUUGCAGAACGUUGCAAAAAUUUGUCAGCUAUUGGACUAGGGGAAUGUGAAGUAUCAUGUAGUGCCUUUGUUGAGUUUGUGAAGAUGUGUGGUGGUCGCCUGUCUCAGUUAUCUAUUAUGGAAGAAGUAUUAAUUCCUGACCAAAAGUAUAGUUUGGAGCAGAUUCACUGGGAAGUGUCCAAACAUCUUGGCAGAGUGUGGUUUCCAGACAUGAUGCCCACUUGGUAAAGACUGCAUGAUGUAGGACAUGAUGAGUAGCACCUUAAAUUCAAGCUAAUGUAUUAUUAUAAAAGUUUAUUUGCUGUAGUUCUGAUAUAAUCCUACUAUUUUGUGGCAUAGAAAUUCUAUAUCUUCAAUGAGUCUGUAUAAGGAUUGUUUAUUGGGAGACCCAUGAAUCAGUUUUGGACAGAAAACUCCAUUUGUUUCUUUAACAAUUGAAUCUCUGAAAAAAAUUUUAGAAAUGUGGUUCAGAAGUGAAAGUAAUAGCCAGCUAUAAAGAUUAAACAGUUUAGUCUGAAGGAAACAAAACCUACAUAUUAUAAUAUUCAAGAAGUACUAAUAGGUUUUCUGAAGUGUUGUGUUCUCUAUGCAUUUUUUAAAAUGUAAACUUGAUAUUUUAGGGUCUUCAGUUAUACAUACACCUGUUAUAAGGUGCUUAUUAUAGCUCAGGAAAGUGAGCAUUUUGUGAGAAAAAUGUAGGAUAUAUUGUAUCUAAUGAAAUGGAUUGAAUGAAUGUUCUUCAAUGUUACAAAGCUGUUUCAAGAAAAAGAGGUAUGUAUAUAAGUAAUUAACAUUUAGAGAACUGAUAAAUGUCACACAGUGGUUAUUAUAGAAGGAUAAUACACAGAGCCAAGAUCAAAUUAAAAGACAAUAAAUGGAAUAGAAGAAAGGCCGUAUUUAACUUUGUAUAAACUUUCAGUUUUGCUAUGUAAUCUGCUAAACUAUAUAAAUUAUUUUCUGUGAUAUAUAUGUUAACAUGUAUGUGGCACUUGAGGCAUUGUAUGUAAAGUAAGGAAUGCUUUACCAGUUCUCCUUGGCUUUGUUUAACUUUGUUUAAACUAGUUUUGAAAUAUUAGACAAUAAUUAAGUUGAAAAAGUAUCUGUUUUAAAAAGCCAAAGUGAAAUAAUUAAAGAUAGAAUGUGAAAUGUUUAUAAAUUAUUGCCAUGAAAGAAUAUUUAGUCUCCAGUAAAUUCUAAUGAUGGCUCAUUUUUCUGUUUUGGAAUUAUAUAGUUACAUAAGUAGACUUUUUAAAAAUCAUAAAAGGAGCACCAUUGUACAGUUCAGCAUAAACAGUAAACUUAAAAGAGGAUAUAUUUAAGUUCAUAAUAUUUUUGAGUAAAUAUUGCUCAGUGAACUGGAAAAUUUUAAUAGAAAAAUGUCUGCAGUUUUGUGAUUGUUAAUUUAGUUAAACUGAUACAUUAUUUAAGUUAGGUAGCAUUUUAUAUUACUUUCAUAUGAAUAAAGAUAAUCAAUGCAUUGUAGGAUCUAUAAAAUAUAAGUUUUGUGCUACAUUUAGUUUUUUAAGAUACAUAGGCUUUGAUUCAGGGCUCUAAGGCUAGUAGAUAUUAUCCUCCCAAGGGAAAUUAGAAGUGAUUUACUCCCAGUGGAACAUAUUAAUGCUUGAAAUGGCUCUCUUCAGUAGUGUGACUUUUAGAAGGUAUCUCAGUAGUUAAUGAAACUAAGUCUUACUGAUCUAUUUUUAAAAAGAUGACCUUCCUAAGAAUAAAGUAAAAGGUGAUUUUCUGCAUAAUCUGUGGUUUUCAAAAGUGAUGGUAUUCUACCCUGCAGCCACAUGUGAGAAGAAAGACUGAUCUAGACUUGAAAAUUAAAAGCAAUUGUAGAAAUAUUUCCCCUCUUUCUAUAUAGUAAAAAGCUUUGAUUGUACAAGAGAUCCUGUUCUAAUGGAUAAGGUUUUUUUUCCCCUUAAACAACUUCAGAAAACUGAAUUUGACAGUACAUAAUCAGUUCUGCUUACCAAAGCUUUUGUUUGGAAAUUUACUUUUUGUACAAAUUGAAUUAUAUAAAAAUGCUUGAAAUACUUUGUCACUUUAUAAACUAAAUGCAUAGUACUUAAUUUGUUUAUACUGUAAAGUAUAUGUUAAAUGCUUUUACCAAUUUGAGAAUAAAAAUACUUAUUAAUACUGUUGUA